AUGUUAGAUGAACUAUAUAAAGCAGAACGUGAAGAGAUGGAAAAGAAACUUCAAGCAAAAGAUGAAGUCAUUGAAGCAAAAGACAAAACCAUACAGAAAAGAAUACCACGUUCGGUACCAAAAGGUAAGGAAAAGAACUAUAAGUAUAUGAUUUAUACUGAAGAGAUGGAAAAUGAAGAAGACAGAGAUAUGGUUAUGUUGCAUUUAGUCAGAAGAAACAACAAAAGCUUUUACGACCUUGCUAAGAUUUACAAAUCUAACAGAAAUUGGUUCUAUCGCGAAAACUUACCGAUUUCAAUGACCCCAAAUGAAGAUGUGAAACAAAUAGUUCAAGAUACGUUACCUCAAACACACUAUGAUAUGAAAGGUUGUACAAUACUUACCUUCAAAGAAGAUUUGCCAUUGUUAAAGGAAAAAAUAACAGAGUAUUUUGACAACUUCAAACAAGUAGGGUAG